AUGACUACUUUCGGGACAAAAAAUUUAGUCAACCAAAGUUCAUUCACUGUAAAUUUUCAAUGUGAUAGCACUGACAAUGUUCUGUGUGAAAAAGUUCAAUCAGCCUUUAUGAUGGCCGGAGAAAUCAUAAGUUCAGUUUUCAUAAUUGAAGUCCCGCUUACCCUUAACGCUACAUUCUCGAAUCUUAAUGAUUCUAGCAUUUUAGUAGCUAGUCCGUCGAGAUUUAUACCUCUGAUAUCUGAAGAUGGUGUUCCACGAUUGUAUCCCCAAUCACUCGUAAAACAAUUUAAAUUUGACGUUCAUCCAGCUGUAAAUUUUUGGUUUAAUGGAGAUGGACCAAUAAGUCCAGCCCAACAAAACAUACAUACAGUAAUAUUACAUGAAUUGUUUCACGGUCUUGGAUUUACAUCUGCAUGGAGAAAUCACAUUGACGCUAUAUUACAAUAUCCAACUAAUGCAUUAUCACCAGUUCCAUAUUUAAUUUAUAAACCAACAAAUAAUUUAUCUGAUAAUCCAAUUAUUUUUCAAGGAUUUAUAGAGACAAUAUUUGAUAAGUUUCUUGUAGUUCUUCCAGACGAUAAAACAUCAUCUCCAUCAAUUUCCACUUCAUUGUCAGCAUACACUUCAAAAUUAAAUGAGUUUGGUCCACCACCAACCGAAUUCUCUACAUCUAUUACAUUUGCAGAAUCUUUAAUAAUAUCACCGCAAUGGAAGAGUGUUGCUCCAUUAAUAUUUAAUAAAAGUAUCAUCGCAAAUACUUUGGUGUUUUUACCGAGAGGAUAUCAAUUAGUCAACGGAACUUAUUUAGAAACAAGUCUUAAUCCUUAUAUUUCAGGAUCUAGCGUUUCACAUGUUAGCUAUAAUAGUUAUACUAAUAGCCAAGAUUUUUUAAUGAGAUGUAAGUUGGAACCCGGGCUUACCAUUAGCGAUUUAAUUUCUAAAGGUGGAAAUUACCAGAACGGUGACAUUUCUGGAGUUAUCGGACCUAGAUUGAGAUCUAUCAUGGAAUCUAUAGGAUAUAAAACUCAGUCAAAUCCAAAUCCAAUAAUACCAAAAGUCCCACCAUCAGACAAUGUGACAAUAUUACCAAAUCUUAAUGAAAAUAUCACAUUUCAGGGUCCACUACCGCCAAUUAAUUCAUAUCAUAAAGCAUCUGGCACUAAUAGAUUUGUGGUGAGUAGUUUUACGAUUUGGAAUAGUAUAAUUAUGAUUCUAGGAUUAUCGUUUGUUCGAUGGGAAUUUGGUUAA